GAGCGCGCUCACGUGGUUGAGCCAAGAUGGCGUCGCCCAGCUCGUUGUGGCUUUUGGCUGUUGCUCUCCUGCUGGCGUCCUGCGCUGCCCUGAGGCUGGGGCAUCUCGACCCGCCCGCGCCCCUGCCGCUGGUGAUCUGGCAUGGGAUGGGAGACAGCUGUUGUAAUCCCUUAAGCAUGGGUGCUAUCAAAAAAAUGGUUGAGCAGAAAAUACCUGGAAUUUAUGUCUUAUCUCUAAAGAUUGGAAAGACCCUGAUGGAGGAUGUGGAGAACAGCUUCUUCUUGAAUGUCAAUACCCAAGUAACAACAGUGUGUCAGAUUCUUGCUAAGGACCCUAAAUUGCAGCAAGGCUACAAUGCUAUGGGAUUCUCCCAGGGAGGCCAGUUUCUGAGGGCAGUGGCUCAGAGAUGUCCCUCACCUCCCAUGGUCAAUCUGAUCUCAGUUGGGGGACAACAUCAAGGUGUUUUCGGACUCCCUCGGUGCCCAGGAGAGAGUUCUCACGUCUGUGACUUGAUCAGAAAAGCACUGAAUGCUGGGGCUUACAAGAAAGCUGUUCAAGAACGCCUGGUGCAAGCGGAAUACUGGCACGACCCCAUAAACGAGGACACGUACCGCAACCACAGCAUCUUCUUGGCAGAUAUUAAUCAGGAGAGAAGUGUUAAUGAGUCCUACAAGAAAAACCUGAUGGCCCUGAAGAAGUUUGUGAUGGUGAAAUUCCUCAAUGAUUCCAUUGUGGACCCUGUGGAUUCUGAGUGGUUUGGAUUUUACAAAAGUGGCCAAGACAAGGAAACUAUUCCCUUACAGGAGACCACUCUGUACACAGAGGACCACCUAGGACUGAAAGAAAUGAACAAUGCAGGACAGCUAGUAUUCCUAGCUAUAGAAGGGGAUCAUCUUCAACUGUCUGAAGAAUGGUUUAAUGCCCACAUCAUACCCUUCCUUGAAUGAAACCUUUGCAAGUUGCACCAGAGCUCAGGGAGCCCCAGCGCUUACAAACCAGUGAAGACUGUUCCCUUCGUGCCCAAGCCUGAGCUUGAUCCAGCUUGCAACUAACCCUUCUCUAGCCAUCAUCUAACAUGCCUUUCUCAGAGAGAUCUAAGAUCCAAAUCUUACCCUUUGCCUCAUCCUAUCAGCAUAUGGUGUUGAAUGCAACUUUAAUUAGUUAAUAACCACAGAGAUUAUUUUACAACCAUUUGAUGUGGUCAUGUUGCCUUAGGAAUCUGUCUGCUUCAAGUCAGCGCUGUGCUCAGGCCCAGAAGACUAAACAAAACAAUGACAGAUUCUAAGGGCAGAUAUCUUUCUCACAAAAAUGUAGCCACAUUUCAAGCCAAGAGAAGGCUGACACUCAGGUCUGAUGCUCUCAGUUUUGCUGGUGGGGAUUUAACAAGUGCAUGGAGUAUUCCUUGGAUGUUGCUGUACAGUCUGAGGCUGCCCCCCUCUCUAAGUACGGUGUCUUCUGUGGUAUCUUAGCAAUGAUUAGAUUAUGCUAGCCCACCAUCUUGCUUCUUUUUGUAGCACUUUUUGUCUCCUCGGGUAGUGAUAAAUUAGUUGCUCUGUCACAAAAGGAGGGUAGUAACACCCAAUUGGAUUGCUACAGGGAGGAAGUGUAUGUAUUGCUUAACUUGGGUGGGGGGUGGGAGGCGGGUGGCAGAGAAUGUAGAAAUGGAAAUGCAAAAUGGGCUGGCGGGUUCUUUACAUUCCAUCCUUGAUUAACUUGUCCUUAUGACUAGUGAUCUGGAUUCUAAAAUCACUGUUAUAGGCAUUAGCAGGGAAUAGGAGGAAAAGUUUGAAGAAAUAUUGACCAGUACACGUAAAACUUGUUUCUAAUGUGUUUUGUCAAAGAUUAUUUGCCCAAAAGGCUUGGAGAACAUUGCAUACCCCUUUUCUCCUCUUGGAGAUCAACCCAUAUCAGAAUAUUAAGAAAUCUGAGAAUUCCUGUUACGGUAAAGAAAACCAUAGUCUACCAUUCCCCAUACUAUUUAAGCAGAUACCUUACUUGGCCCCCACUCCCCCACCUAUGAAAACCUAUUACUUUUUGGAAGACUCGUGCAGAAUGCCCGUUUGGGGAAAUGACCACCUGUGCACGAGAGAAGUACCUUGGUAGUGCUGUGAGGUUCGCCUUCUACGUCACUGCCCUCAAACCUCAUUUUCCAACUAAAGAUGAGCCUUGAGAGCAAGAAGUCGGGGCGGGGGGGGGGGGGGAUGUGAAAAGAACUGUACAAGGUUGUCUAAAAUAAAGAGUAGCUUCUUAUCCU